AUGUCGUCCUUAAUACCUGGUGAAAUGCUCGCUGCCCAGGUCGUGAAGGUGACACACCCUUCUCCUUCCUGUCACAUCCAACCAGUGACUAGUUAUUCUCAGUUCAAUGAAAGGUACCAAAUCCAUAAGAUUCCCACCCCGAGGUCCCUUGGUCCAAAUGAAAUCCUCCUCAAGACUGCUGCUGCUUCUCUUUGCCAUACCGAUUUAUUGGUCACCGCAGGCAAGUUUCCAACGAAACUGCCACGCACUGCCUCACAUGAAGGAACCGGUAUUGUCCAGGCGGUUGGCUCGGCUGUCAAGGACUUCAAGAUUGGCGACAGAGUCAUGGCUGGGCUACCCAAGAGACCAUGCGGAGACUGCAUCAAUUGCAAAGGACCUGAGAAUUGGCAUCAGUAUUGUCAAAACAUCGAGGGUUGCAUCGGCUUCCUUGUCGACGGCGCAUUCGCAGAAUAUCUUGUUGCUGACUCUGCCUUCUCGGCAAAAGUUCCAGAUGAUUUGAGCCUGGUAUCGGCGGCGCCCCUAGCAUGUGCAGGUAUCACAAUCUGGGGAGGCAUCGUCAGAGCCGCAGUGCCAAAGAACGGCUGGCUGGCCAUUGUUGGUAGCGGAGGUGGACUGGGCCAUCUGGGCAUUCAGAUGGCACGUGUAAAAGGAAUCAAUGUCAUCGGGAUUGACGCACCAGAUGAAGGAAUAGCGCUGAGCAAGGAAGCAGGAUGCGAGCAUGUCUUCGACGCAAGAAAAGGCAAAGAAGAAGUAGUCAGAGAGGUACAGGCCUUGACGAAUGGACUUGGAGUGGAGGCAGCCAUCAAUGUUUCGUAUCACGAAUAUCAUGCGGCGUGA